AUGGCGCUCUCGCGUUAUAUAUUUACCACUCUUGUCCUUCUUCGGCCCUCGUCGAAGAACGAUGAGACUCUCGCAACAUUCUCACGCCCACGGAUCCUCAACUAUUGGAUUCAGAGACCGGUGGUUCCUUUCGUUUCUUUAACUGUACUUGUAACACUCACUUUCUAUCUCGUUGAAAUGUCUUAUUUCCUGCCUCCCAAAGUUUCAGACGUUGCCCCUCGGCAGACAACAUCUCUAGCACUGCCCAAGAAGAAUCAGCCCAUCAGAAGGACGCAGACCGAGAGCCCACAAUCCGCCUCUCGAGGAUGGAUGAAGAAAAUGAUGAUUCCUAGCCGGCGCCCAGAACGCGGCGGGACGAGCAGGGAGCAAGGCUAUUGGGAGCAGAUGGAGGUUGAGGGGAAAGUCUGGCCACGACGUCGCAUGACGGAUAGCCAGUACAGCAUGGGCGAUGUAUCGGCAGACUCGAGCCAUAUAGCUCGCUGGAAUGUGCCAAAGGAUAUCCCGAAAGAGCAGCCACGUUUAUUGCCGCCGCGGCAGGGUGCUGUACCAGCCAAACCAGGAUCUUCUUUGCCUCCAAUUACCACACAAAAGAACCGAAGCUGGAGCUGGAGUCCGCAAAGGGGCUCUGGGGAUCAAAUCUCUGUGGCGAAACUGGGGGGUGUGUUGCCGAGCGAUGGCUGGAAUGGAAACAAUAACCUGCUAACAAGGGAUAUCAAAACCACCGAGACUGGAAGUUUAAGCUUGGAUUCUGAGACUGCGAAACACAAGAAACAGCUCCAGAGACGCGACGCACUCAGAGCAAGAAAGGCUCGGCGGCGUCAGCGUCAGAGCUUGAGGGAAAGCGGCGACUUCUUAGGGGUGCAAGGAGUCAACCCUCAUACUGGAGAGCUGGAUGCUAUGUCCCCUACCGACAGCAGCCCUAUAAGCACGAUAAGCCACCAGGAGACCGUACACAGCGUUAUGAGUACACUGCGAGACAGGUGGAAAAGCAGCAGGUAUCAUAUGACGAGAGAUUCCCCAAGUAAAGGCAAGCAUAUCGAAGGUAACGACUCCAAGCUUUCUGGGCUGCGGAAGGAGAGGAAGAGGGCGAAAGACGUGGGCAAAGCCGUUAGAUGGAAAAGACUUGCGGGCGAGUGGUCAUCGCUGCAGGAGCCAAAUUUGAGCCCCAUCAGUGCAUCUCCUAAUUCUCGAAGACCCUCACACGCCCAAGGCCUCCAACAAUCAGUCCAAAAUCUCUCCCUCGAAGAAACGCAGCCUAAUUUCAGCCUUCCAAACGAUACUCUUACUUUCGUGAAUGAGCCUAUCAGUCAUACUGAAGCUACCUUGCCAGAUACAGCCUCAAACGCAGACCCAGACCCUUUAACUCGUACCUCGUCCAACUCUACGGAUCUGCACAAGGGUGGCGUGAACUUUGACGAUUCUAAUUCCCAGACCAGCUCCAAAGCUAUGAGUCAGUCCAUGAAGACGCCUUUUUUAGACAUGGUGGCCGAGAGGGAAAUCGGCAAGCCUUGCGCGGGGGCGAGCAUGAUGACCCUUUCGGUAUGCCAAUUUACCCAAUCGAUCCCAGCUUUCCACCAGAAAAUAGAGGGAAAUAUUGGCCUCAGAGGGAUCAAAGGCAUCAAAUUAUCCAAUUUGGAUCUUUCUCUGACACCUCUUCGAGAACCAAUCCCUUUGAGCCUGUUCGAAGAAAGCCCGUUGGGGGCCAUCUCUCGUCUACGGUAUAGAGACAGUCCGACAAGAGCCAAGAAAAGGCGUCCAAAGGGUCCCUCGAACCUGAACAAGGUACAGACAAUAGGAAUCAACGCAGUAAAGAGCAUAGACGAAGCGACCGGCUUGCUGCAGGCGAAACCAGUUACCACAAGACAUUCCGCGGGUUCACCCAGCCCUCAGUCACUACUCGCCCCAGAGGAGAUAAAACAGGACAUGCAGAAAUUACGAGAUCAAGUAACAAUUUUAAACAAUCAACAGCGGAAAGAGCUCUCUCACCGUCUGCACCAAACCAAGACAGAACAGAAGCCAGUCAAUCGCAUGUUGGGCGAAAUCGCGGGCAAAAUCGACGAGAUCAGGGACCUUGUUUACAUACCCAUCACCACCACUACUGGCUGCGACCAUCAAACGUCUCCCUCAGCCUCUCGCCAGAAGGAGUGGAACCAGAAAGAGCCGUUGGAACAUCAUCUCUCACAUAUGGUAGUCCGACCGGGCGAAUUCAGCUCCAGCUCGCCAACCGUAGGCUUAUCGAGGAGCAACUCGGACAAGUCCCACACAGAGAUAUCCACGAGUUCCGCGCAGAGUCAAAGUUCAGUGGAAGGGGACGAGCUGCUAGUAGAACUACUAGCAGACACCACAUCUAUGAAGCAGGAGGCUCACAUGGCGCAAGAGGAGAGGGCGCACUUGCGAGGCACACGCUUCCUCAUAUCAGAAGCAUUUAUGCCAGCACGGGAGGACAGCUCGUCGCCCAGGUCAACAUUUACACAGGACCAAACAAUAAUAGCUACGAACCAAUGGAAACUAUCGAAUACAAAGCAGAUGACGCAACAAUUAGACCUGAACAGAGCGCCGAGCCCGGCAGAGCGCCAAACACAGAUGGUGGAGGAGAAUCCUUGGACUUUUCCAGAGGAAGAAGGCAGCGACGACAUCGCAAGUCUUUUAGAUGAGUGGGAACAUUUCCAAGAUAGCUGCCCCGAGGUAAAGCUACUGACGGAAGGGGGCUGCGGCGAGUGGAAGUUAUUUACCGAAUGGGAGGAGUAUCGGCGCCAAAAUCAAAAGGAGUCUACUGGGCUGCAGUUUUUUCUGUACUGCAUAAAAGGUCUAGCCAAGCUCUACUGGUCAACCGUCUGGCCCAUGCUUGAUCCUCGAACAUUGCAAGUCGAGCAUGACGGACCAAUGCCCUUCUGGAAGGCCUGCCUGUUGAUUGUGCUUGCAGCACCGGUAGUGACAGUUGGAUUUGUGGCCAUUGUGCAGGGUAUGAGGAUUGUGAGGUUGGUAGCCUGGCUCUUGGACUAUGCAGAUGAUGGAGCGGCGAUUUGGAUCUAG